AUGCAAACUGGAUCUGAGAAUUACACUAAAGAGUUGGUCGACACAGAGGCGAGUCCAGAGACAGAGGUUAGUGAGAGCAGUAACAAGGCAGCAGUGGGAGGACUCUCGCCGUAUGCUGACUCGUCAAGAGGGACUGCCAGAAAAGGGCAGCGUGGCAAGUUGGCUGACAAAUCCCGCCCG